GGCUCGACGGUGCCGGUGCGCCUCCCCCCACAGUGGCGCGAACCAGGCGAGGUUUUGGCGGGUUUCAGAAGGGAGGAGGCCCAGGCUUCCCGCGUCCACCGCCUGCGACAAGGGUUUUGGGUCCGCUACGCCGGGAGCCAUCGCCGUCGCCGUCGGCGCUAGUUGUCUUUCGUGGAAGCUAUUCAACCGUGAAGGCACACUUGCUUAAAAGUCCUGAAGAAGGUGUUCAAGCCUGUCCAGGAGUGACCAUCAAUAUCUUUAUCAAUCUAUGCAGUGAAGUUGAUGCAGCAGAAGAUUCAAAUCCAAAUCAGUUCGCAAGAAUGUUCUAUUCUUCAGGAAUCUCCUUCAACUCUGCAAGGGAUCCAUACUUCCGGAGUUCAUUCACUUUUGUUUUGAAGAAUAUUGUUCCUAGUUAUAUUCCUCCUGAUAGCAAAAGGUUGAAGACAACUCUUCUGCAAAAAGAAAGGGCUCGCAUUGAUGACUUACUACAGCCCAUCAAAACCAUGUGGAGGAAGGCAGGUGUGACAAUAGUUUCUGAUGGUUGGUCAGAUGUUCAACAGCGAUCACUUGUCAACAUUCUGGCUAUCAAUGAAUGUGGAGCCAUUUUUCUGCAAGCAAUCAACAUCGAAGAUGAGGUGAAUACAAAGGAGUACAUUGCAGAGAAGCUCACUGCUGUGAUUGAAGACGUUGGGGCAGAAAAUGUUGUCCAAGUGAUCACAGAAAAUGAUCCUGUUUGCAGAGCUGCUGGGUUGCUGAUCGAACAAAAAUACAAUCACAUCCAAUGGAUGCCUAGUGUUGCUCAUACAUUAAGUCUUGCCUUGAAGAAUGUUUUCUCCGCUAACAAUACCAAAGAUGUUGCCUUCAAAGAGAGCCAUUGGAUUUCUAAGGUUGUAGAGGAUGCAAGUAUGAUCAAGAAUUUCAUAAUGAAUCAUACCAUGAUAUCAUCCAUUCUGAGUGAUUUCAGUAAGUUGCAGAUUCUUGCUAUUGCUAACACAAGAUUCGCUUCAGAUCUUGUUAUGUUAAAGAGGUUUCGGCUGAUCAAGCAAUCUUUAAUAAAGUUGGUCAAUAGUGACAAGUGGUGGCCUGCUUACAGUAGUUUUAACACGGAGCACGCACAGCUUGUGAAGUACAAGCUUACUGAUCACUCGUGGUGGAAUCAAGUUGACUACAUUCUUUCUUUCACUGAGCCUAUAUAUUCGAUGAUACGCAUGACGGACACUGAAGAGCCAUGCCUUCAUCUUAUUAAUGAAAUGUGGAAUAAUAUGAUUGAUAAGGUAAAAGCUGUCAUUUAUAAGCAUGAUCAAGAGGGCCUGAAGAGGAGUCAGCAUUUUACUCUAUUGUGCAUUCCAUUCUAGAAGAUUGGUGGAGCAAGAGCAGAACACCACUCCAGUGUUUAGCGUAUU